GUCGGAAGGGGGAGUGGGAAAGUGACAGUGAGAGGGGGGGGUGGUGGAAGGUGUGAGAACAGCAAUAGGGAAAAUGAUUGGGACAACUACCAAAGCUACAUCUCUGAGGACAUGAAGAAGCCCAAAGUGAACAAUGUAGAAAUUAAAUCAGAGAAGCUUCGAGAGGAAACACCAAUUCCAUUUUUGGAAAGUGACUCAGAACUUGAAGGUCUAAUGGAAAAGUAUGAAUCGGACGAUGACCAGGAUGAUCCACAGAAGAUGCAGUGUGGAGACGGACAGGGAACUGAAGUCAGUUCUGGUUCAGAAGUGGAUCUACAGCAAGGAUCUGUGUGUUCAGAAGUGGAUCUACAGCAAGGAUCUGUGAGUUCAGAAGUGGAUCUACAGCAAGGAUCUGUGUGUUCAGAAGUGGAUCUACAGCAAGGAUCUGUGAGUUCAGAAGUGGAUCUACAGCAAGGAUCUGUGAGUUCAGAAGUGGAUCUACAGCAAGGAUCUGUGGAGAGCAACAGUGAGGAGGAGCCUGGACAUGUAGUUUUCGUUGGUGACUUGGUGCCAGGCAAAUGUACACAUGCCUAUUUAAUCCACCUCGCUGAACUCUUCGGGAAGAUUAAUAAAGUAGUGCUAAUUAAAGGAAAGGGAGAGGGAUUUGUGGAGAUGCGCAACAGUGCAGACGCCCAAGCCAUGGUCAGGUUUUUCAAAGCAAAACCACCUGUUAUUCAAGGAAACAUCCUCAAAGUGGAGUUGAGCCAGAAGUAUAGAACGUUGUGUUUGAAGUUGCCAUACUCACACCGCACUGGUGGCAUCAUGCCCCUAAUUGGGCAGUUUGGUGCUUCUGAAAAUGUGUCUGACCCAAAAGACAUUUUAAUAUCAACAAGCACCCCAACUUUAUCCGAGCUUCGGGCUAAACAUUCAGCACAGCUUCUGAAGUGGGCCAAUGUGCCACUUGAGGGCAAUAUGCCCACAAAAGACAAGAGGUGGAGCCCACAGACAUAUGAAGGAAAAGAACUUGAGUGCUUUAGAUUCUUACCAUAUGCUUUCAAAGUUCCAAUGUUAGAAACUCACCGACAGUAUUUGCAAAGUAUUACUGGGUCUCCUGAUAUGUAUGAGAUCGAUACACCAAAGAUAGACGAUGCAUUUAUUCAACUCCUGGUGGGUAAGAAAGUUAUAAGUUCUCAUGAUGACUUGGACAAGCAGUUGGGUGAUCCAGAGAGAGUAUUAUGUAAGGCACAGUCAAAAGUAGCGGAAAUUGUACAUCCAGUUGUACUAGCCAUACAGAAGUAUGAAUUAGAUGAAUUGUCUGGAGAAUUAGAUACUCUCACUAAAGAACAGUUGAUAGAAAGACUGCAGUCGACAAUAAUUUCAUGUCAUCAAUCAAUUCUAAAUGCUGGACAGACUCACCGCUGGUUAACUGAACUUCAGACAGAGAAUUUGUUGAAGUUAUUCAAAUUCGGCCACAUGUCUGUAAAACCACAAGACUAUCCAAAUGUGACAUCAUCUGAUCUACUGGGUGCUGAACUCGCAGAACAAAUACUAAAGAAAGGUGAGGUUGUGAGGCGUAAGCCCGCUCUUCCACCAAUGAAGAAAAAAACACCCAUCAAUGUCUUCAAGAAGAAAAAAGUUUCCCCAAAACAGUGGAGGGGGCCACAUCCAUACUAUUGGAGUUUAACGCCAUUCAGAGGCCGUGGAGGACCAUUUAAAGGACAUGUUCGAGGACACCCAAUGUUUUAGGACCGAAAAAUCUUAAAACCAACAAAAAUGAAAAUGAAGAAAGACAUCUCUGGAGAGAAGGAAUGGGUGACGUUUCAGACUGCAUCAGUCUGAAGAAGGGUCUCGACCCGAAACGUCACCCAUUCCUUCUCUCCAGAGAUGAUGCCUGUCCCGCUGAGUUACUCCAGCAUUUUGUGUCUAUCUUUAAUUUAAACCAGCAUCUGCAGUUUCUUCCUACACAAGAAUAAAAAUGAAGUGGACUGGA